AUGGCGCAUCUUGAUACUCCCCACGCCUCGAACGGUAGCGGCGAGCGACAUACCCUCCGGUCUAUUCCAAAGUCGAAUGUCUUCACACAGAACCUCCCCGCAGACGACGCAUUCCCCACACCGAAAGAGUCCCACGAUUCGCCGCGACAGAAACUUGGGCCACGCAUGGUCAAGGAUGCAUUAUACACAUACGUUCGGCCGGACCCACAAGGCGAAGCUGAGCUGCUAGCGGUCAGUCAGCGUGCGCUGCAGGAUCUCGGGCUAAGUGAAGAGGAGGCAAAGAGUGACGAGUUCAAAGAAGUCGUCUCAGGCAAGAAAAUAUUGACAUGGGACGAGUCGAAGCCAGACGAAGGAAUAUAUCCUUGGGCGCAGUGCUAUGGAGGCUACCAGUUUGGUCAGUGGGCAGGUCAAUUGGGUGAUGGCCGUGCCAUCUCUCUCUUCGAGACGACGAACCCAUCUACCAAGACUCGCUACGAGAUUCAAUUGAAGGGUGCGGGAAGGACACCAUACUCGCGAUUUGCCGACGGACGAGCAGUGUUACGCUCUUCGAUCCGAGAAUUCGUCGUCUCGGAGUACCUCAAUGCCAUCAACAUCCCCACCACACGAGCGCUGUCUCUCACACUAAACAACGGGUCAAAGAUUAUGCGAGAGCGCAUCGAACCAGGUGCCAUCGUAGCACGCUUCGCCCAAUCCUGGAUACGCUUCGGCACAUUCGACCUCCAACGCAUGCGCGGCGACCGCAACACCCUCCGCACCAUUGCCGACUACACAGCAGAGCACGUCUAUGGCGGGUGGGACAAGCUCCCCUCAAAACUCCUGCCUGGCGAUGCAAAGGAAGUCCACUCCAAGACAACCACCGGCAUCGCAAAAGAGACCCUCGAAGGCGAAGGCACCGACUCCGAAAACCGCUACGCCCGCCUCUACCGUGCCAUUCUGCGCGCCAACGCUCUGACUGUCGCUAAAUGGCAGGCUUACGGCUUCAUGAACGGCGUGCUGAACACAGACAAUACUUCCAUCCUCGGCCUGUCGAUUGACUUCGGCCCGUUCGCUUUUUUGGAUACUUUCGAUCCCACGUACACGCCGAAUCACGACGACCAUAUGCUCAGGUACAGCUACCGCAACCAGCCGACGAUCAUCUGGUGGAAUCUCGUGCGUUUGGGAGAAGCGCUUGGCGAACUCAUGGGCGCAGGGGCGAAGGUUGAUGAUGAGGUUUUCGUGGAGAAGGGCGUGCAUGCGGAUGAUGCGGAUGAGUUGGUCAAGCGCGCAGAAACCGUCAUCGACGCCGCAGGCGAGGAAUACAAAGCCGUCUUCCUCGCUGAAUACCGCCGUCUCAUGACGCUGCGCCUCGGGCUCAAGACGGAGAAAGACGGCGACUUUGAGGAACUCAUGUCUGAGCUGCUGGAUUGUCUGGAGGCUUUCGAGCUGGACUUUCACCAUGCGUUUCGUCGCUUAUCGAGCGUGAAGUUGAGUGAGAUUGACACCGAGGAGCAGAGGAAAGACGUCGCGGGCCGGUUUUUCAGGGCGGGCGAGGCGCCCCGACAGGAGGCGGAUAGUCGCGAGCGCAUUGGGAAGUGGCUGGGUAAAUGGGCUGCGAGAGUCAAAGAGGAUUGGGGCGAAGGGAAGGAUGAAGAACGACGGACGGCGAUGGAUAAGAUCAAUCCCAAGUUCGUCCCGCGUUCCUGGAUCCUCGACGAACUUAUCGACCGCGUAGAAAAGAAAGGCGAACGAGAAAUCCUGCCGCAAAUCAUGAAGCUCGCACUCAAUCCCUUCGAAGAACACUGGGCCUGGGAUGAGGCAGAGGAAGAAAGGUUUUGCGGCGACGUGCCCAAGUACAAGGGCAUGAUGCAAUGUAGCUGUAGUUCGUAA